AUGAACAAUCGUACAGAUCCUCGAAAUGAUCAGUCAAAUACUAAUACGAAGAAAAACCGUUAUAAUGAUGAACCACCAUCAAGCGACAAUGACAAAGCUAAUUCAAACGUUUAUCACGAUCAGAUUUCUAAUGUGGUUUUUCAUGGAAGAAUGCCACGACGUAAAACGAUUCCUCCACCAAUAUCCAGUAAUAUGCAACUGAUUAAUUCUCCAGCACCAUCGCCCCGUCGUCUUCGUUCAUCUGAUGGUUCUGAUGAUGAGUACGUCGAGGUCAACAACAACAAGAAGAAAAAACGUAUACAAAAACAAACUGGACAUCUUCAUCCUGAUCAAACUUACCCGAUUCUUGAUUUCAACCUGAACAACAACUGCAACACCACAACAGCUCCUCAUUCAUCAGUUCCAACACACAAAGUAACAUCCCCUGCUCAACCUGUUCAUCAUUUAGCCAAUCCCCUACACCAUCAUCAAGAACGUCCUCAAAUUACACGAGAAUCAACACGGUAUGCACAAACUCGUUAUCCAUUUCCACCGUUCGUCAUUCGUUUCAACUCAUCUAACGUUACGACAAAACAAGUAUCUGAAGAUUUAAUCGAACAUGUCAAAUUAAAAUAUCAAAAAACAAUUCAACUAGCGAAUUGCCGUACAUCAAAUAUUGCUCGCGUUAAUAAUGAACACGAUCUGUUGAUUUACAUAAAAGACUCCGAUUCCUUUUGCUUUCUACUAGAUCAAUCGACUUGGCCAACAAAAUUAUGCAAUUUAGUUUAUACGUUUCCGACCUCUCCUUCUAUUCAACCUCAACUCAGUUUGAUUAUCAAGAAUGUUGAUUUAAGAAUUGAUUUAGAAGAUUUUAUCGACGAUAUCAAAGCGUCGUAUUCUCAUGUUAAAAAUGUUAUAAGGAUGAAGAACAAGUUUCAAAACAACAUCAAGUUGGUUAAAAUUGAAUUAACCUCUCCUUCACUUAAAGAACAAUUGUUAAAUUCAAAGAAAAUAAUUGUCAACCACAUUACUUAUGAUAUCGAUGAAUAUCUUGCUCCAGCUACUGUCUUAAUUUGCUCAAGAUGUAUGGCCAUUGGCCAUUUCAAAAGCCAAUGUAAACAAAUCAAUGAGACAUGUAAGACGUGUGGCGAACAAUGCGUCGAUUUAAAACUGCACAAUUGCUCACAGGUGGAAAAAUGUAUACAUUGUCAACAAAACCAUAAAUCAAAUGCACUUAAAUGUCCAGUCGUUAAAUCUUAUCGUGCAGAACUUACAAAAAAAAUAUUGGAUAUUAAUAGUGGAUCAUUGCCAAAACCAAUGCCGAAAAACAACAUUUUCAAAUAUAAUUACACCUACGAUGCAUCGAAUUUCCCUCCUCUUCCGCAUGCGCAAUCAAAUUUUAAUUCAAAUAACCCGAUGAUGAUCAAACUAGACGAUCUAAUUGAAAAAAUGACGGAAGUUAAAGAACAUUUAGCAACUUUAGCUAUAAAUAAUGAAAAAUUUGAACAGUUCAUACAAGAUAAAAAUCAACAUGAUGAUCUUACUAAACAACAAAUUGACUCACUAUUAAACAAUGAUAAUGCUAUAAAAAAAGAUUUAGUUCAACACAGUUUACUAAUCGAAAGACAUGAAAAUAUGUUUAUCAAAUUAUUAAUACCGAUGUUCGAAGAUCUAUUUACACUGAUAGCUGGUCAAAAUCAAGACAAAAGAGGUAAUACACUUGAUGCUGAUUUAAAGUGUAGAUUGGACCGUUACCUUAUACAAAUGAAAAAAACAAGAGAAGGCAAAAGCUGCUUAAUCUAA